CUUACUUAGCCACUCCGAGUUAGCCGCUGAGCCAUAGUAAUACUAUAAUAAAUGGAAUUAUAGUAUAACUCAAUGGAGUUGGCCCACUGAUCUGAUCAGUGAGUUUGCCAAGUAUGUAAGACGUAGGGGAACAUAGGGGAAUUGAGGGCUCUCUCCAGGUGAAUUUGGGAUAUUCAGUGGCAGCCUUUGAUCAUUGAUCAUUGGCACGUAAUAAAUAUCUCCAUGCACUAUCUCAAGCAAAUGAAAGUUUUUUUAGAAAUUUUGUUUUUUGUUAAAUUCACAGAUAUGAACUAAGAUGAGGUUUUUGUUUAAGAUUAUUAUGUUGGAAUGAUAGUCAUGUGGAUUUCGACUUUGGUAUAAAAAUCAUCUGGUGCUUUCAGCCUUUCAUAAAAGUACAAAAUAUAUAAAUUGGGCAGAAAUGUCAAACGUAAAGUUGAUAUAAAAACGUUAUUAUUUUUUGGAGUUGGUAUAUAAUAUACAAUAUAACAUAGAGGGAAAUAAUAUCAUAGAUAUCUAUGAGUAAUACAGCAUACAAAUGCUUGAUCGACUGAAGAAAUCAGUGACAUCAGUCAUUGGCAACCCAGUGACUCGUGAAUAUGAAACUACUGUUCAAAGAGGAACUUGUGGUCCAGGAAGUUCGUGGAAAAUUUACGAUGGACGAAAGAAAUCAACAGGACAGGAAGUUUCUGUGUUUAUUUUUGAAAAGAAAAUGUUAGAAAAGAUGGAGAAGAAAUCUGCUGAACUGAUCUUGGAAACAAUGAGAUCUGGACCUACACAUCUUGCAAGAUUACGUCAUCCACGAGUAUUAGUCGUACAACAUCCUAUGGAGGAAUCACGAGACAGUCUAGCUUUUGCUACAGAGCCUGUAUUUUCAUCUUUGUCAAAUAUUCUUGGAAAUCAUGAAAAUUUUUCACCAGCUGUACCUAAAGAACUAAAGGAAUAUGAGCUGUAUGAUGUUGAAAAAGUUUAUGGAUUAUAUCAGAUUGUUGAAGGUGUGAUAUUUCUUCACAAUGACGCGAGACGACUUCACGGUAAUUUAACCCCAGAGUCUAUUGUUAUAACGAAGAAUGGACAAUGGAAAAUUGCGGGUUUACACUUUAGCAAACUCGCCACAACGGCCGAUAAGGAGUUUCAGGUAUCUUUCAACUGCCAAGGAUGGGAAUCACAACUGAAUCCGUUGUGUCAACCAGAAUUAAAUUACACUGCACCAGAACAUAUCCUGUCAAGGACUUGCACAUCUUCUGCAGAUCUUUUCUCUUUGGGAAUGUUAAUUUGCGCUGUGUAUAAUGGCGGCAAACCAUUGUUUGAUUGUCAGGGUGAUAUUGUUACUUAUAAGAGACAUGUUGAAAAGAUCAGUCGAAAUCCUCCAGCACUUGGCGAUGUUCCAGCAGAAGUUAGCGAUCAAGUUAAAUGUUUGCUUUCUGUCUCACCAGAAAUAAGACCUGAUGCUCACCAAAUAUCCAAGGUGAGAUAUUUUGACAACGUAGCAGCACAAACUCUUCAUUACCUGGAUACAUUGAUGCAAAGAGACAACAUGACCAAAUCUCAAUUCUUCAAAAGUUUGUACAAGAUUAUAUCAAUGCUUCCCAAGCGUGUGGUUAUUCAACGAAUACUGCCACAUCUCUGCCUGGAGUUUAGUAACCACGCAAUGAUACCUUUUGUAUUACCAAACGUCUUGUUGAUUGCUGAGAGUUGCAGUGAUGAAGAAUAUAAUGAGUUGAUAUUUCCUAAACUUAAACUUGUUUUAAAGAUUCAAGAUCCUAUACAGGUUGUAUUAAUUUUGCUGAAAAAAAUGGACUUGUUAUUGACCAAAACUCCUAAAGAAGCUGUUCAAUUUCAUGUUUUGCCCAUGGUGUUCCAGGCUUUAGAAGCACCGUCUGAUCAAGUCCAGGAAUUGGCGUUGACUAUUAUUCCAAGUUUCGCAAAAAUGAUUGAGUACUCCGCAAUGAAACAUUCCAUAAUUCCAAGAAUCAAGACACUCUGCCUUAAAACUGAAACAUUUUCUGUUCGUGUAAAUUGUCUCGUGUGUCUUGGAAAGAUUAUGGAAUUCUUGGAUAAAUUUCUUAUAAUUGACGAAAUAUUCCCACUAUUACUCGACAUUCCCACUCGUGAACCUGCGAUCUGUAUGGCUAUUUUAGGUAUUUAUAAACAAACAAUGUUGCACAAAAAGCUGAGUUUGGACAAAGAUUACAUUGCUAAGUCAGCACUUCCAUUUUUGUUACCUCUUGCUGUGGAACCGGGUCUAAAUAUCUCUCAGUUCACUCAGUUCAUGUCAGUGAUUCGAGAAAUGGUCAGUCGUGUAGAGACAGAACAAAAAGGAAAACUACAACAAUUGAAGCAGAUGCAGGAGGAGACUAAAUCUUCCCUUGCUUUCGCACAAGAAGUUCAAGACAGUAAACAAAUGGAUGACCUCAUGGGGAAAGUUACACAUUUGUUCUCCGCAAAUACCCCGCCAAAAACUGGACCCAAAGAAAUAGAAAAUGUGGAGGAAAAAAAUAUAGGCAAUGGCAGUGCAGCGUUUAAUAAGUUCUUCGGCUUCGCUGAUGAAUCACAGCAAUCACAGAACACAAAAGAACUUCAAGCCAGUCUCAAAGACACUCAGACUCAGAAUUCUCAAAGUACAAAACAAACAUCUCUAAUUGACUCGAAUACAAAUCAAUCCGCCCCAAGACCUAACAUGAUCUUAAAGCCAAAUGCAGGAGGCUCUCAACCUAACGCUUCUACAAACACACUUCUUCUCAACUCAACAUUGAGCCAAAAUAUUAACAUGGUUGGUACUUCUACUCAACCACGCAAUCAAACUGGACUUACUGGAUUUUCAUCUGGUCAGACAUUGAUGUCACCACCGAUUGGUCACAUGAAUUCACUCAAUGUUAACUACCAGGCUAAUUUUCACCCAAUGGGAAGUACGGGAAUAUCUAACACAAGGAAUGGAGGAAUGUUCCCUGGAAAUCCGAAUAUAUUUUCUAAUGCAGCAUCGAUGAGAUCAAGUGCACCAGCAAAUGCAUCAUCGUCGCUUCAUUCUCUAGAAUUUCCAGGGUUUCAAAGCAACCAAUCACAAUCAAGAACUCUAAACCAGAUGAAGACAAUGGGAUCAACUGCUCCAUCUAAACUAGGCUCGUAUCACGGUCAAACAGUUUCCACAAAUCUUUCAAGACCAGGGAAUCAGGCUCCACAAUUUCCAGGAAACCAAAAUUUUAACUUGACCCCAACACUGGCUUUGUCUAAUCAAAAUUCCACACCGGAACAAAGGCAACAAAACAAUACGGAUUUGUUAGAUAUUUUUGGAUAAUAACCAUGCACGCCGUUAAAUCCACUUUGCUGGAAUGAAAAUCGUUUUACCAGGUACUCUACAUGUACAUGCAUGAAUGAAACGAGCGUCAAUGUUCAUAACAUGUUUACGAGCCAUGAACACGCAAGGAUUUUAUUUUUCAACACCUGAGUGAAACCAUCAAGAGAUAAACACUGUAGCUAAUUCGCAUAUUAACUUAAAACAAUUAAUCAAUAAAUUUCCUCAGGCUCUCGCUCAUCCCAUAUAAUCUUCCUGUUGGAAAACAGUUAGGAAUUUUUAAGACAUAUUUCUGGAAUGAAUAGAAAUAUCUAUGAACACAAAAAUGGUGAAUUUACUAUGUUAGCUGCACUGCCGGUGCUGAUGUUACUUGUAAUUAUUUAAUCAAUAUCAGGCAUUAUUUAAUCAAUAUCAGGCAUUGUGAAUA